AUGUGGCUCAAUGUUAUAAAGGAAGAAAUGGGAUACCUUGGGAUCAACUUUGGGAAUGCAAUGAUUCCUUGUCCCUGGGAAGUUUACAAACCAAAGCUGAAUGGUGGCCACAUAGGUGUUCUGCAGAAGGACUUCAUGUCUAGCGAGGAGUAUGAGAACUUGAAGGCAGCAACUCAAACAGCGCUCCAGAAGUCCGUGACUCGUGAUGCAGGGCAGGUGAGCAGAGACCCCUCAGCUUCUACUAAUCCCACUGAUCAUCAGGCCGAUCACAACCCAGCUGAUGUGGAAGAGAGCAAGCACUCGGAGAAGAACCAGAAACCAGAGAACAACCAGAAACUCUUGACAGGAGCACUCAGUGGCAGAUUUCUGGAUGGCAAAAUUCCCAACCAGGCAAGUGUCCACUGCAGCUCCGUGCUGACUGGAGACCAGUCCCUGUCCUGUAUCCAUGGCCUCCCCAGGAGAAACCUUCGAGACUGGUCCUUGGAACAGAUGGCAAAGGGCAGCUCUGGCCAGCCUGAACAUAUUGGCCAGAGGCCAAGUGGAGCAAGGAGAGACAACACUUUCCUUCUAGCCCUGGUCAGAAGAGAACUCCAGCCACGACCUCUGAGUUCUGGAUUGUUAGACAAGCUUCAGAAAGAUCUGAAGAUCCUGGACCCUAUCUCUUCAGGAUUUCUUCUCCAGUCUCAGCUGAGCCACCUCUUCUUGAGGCAUGAAGUCCCUCUCCAGUUACCCACCAUCAAGAUCCUCUGCCAGAGAUUUUCCGGGAAGGGCUCUCCUGAAAUGGUGAAUUAUGGAAAACUCCUCUGGUUUUUAAAAGUUGCAGCUUCAGAUGACCCACAGCAAAGCAAGAGAGUCGUGGACAGGAGCCCAAGGAGAACUCAGGGUGGUCGCCCUCACAGCCAAAGUACUGCCCCUCGAGACCCCAGCUCGCAGUCAGAAGGGAACAGGAGCCUGUUGGACGUCUUGGAGAUGGCACGAAGGACAACCAAUGGCAAACUCAACAUAGAGAACCUCAACCUGAGUUUUUGAAAAGAAGAUCACUCAUUCUCUGGCUACCUGCCCCCCAACAAGGUCAGGGCUAUAUGCUGGAAACAUGGAUUAUAUCUGACUUUGAGCCUCCUGGAAACAUUGCUUAACCACCAAGAUUUGGGUUACAAAGAUGAAAUAAAAUGGCAGAGUUUUGUUGAGUUGCUGAGCAGAGCUUCCUCUGACUUGUCCUCUGAUUUGUCUACAGGAAAGAAAGGAAAGGAAACCUCUGCAACUCCAGUGCAGCCUGACAUUCCUGAGAUGCCUCAAGGCACAAGUGAACAUAUGAAAACUCUAGAAGAGGAUCUGCAGCCAGAAAACCCUACUGCUGAGACUUCAGCCCCCAAAGAUCCCCCGAGCUCUUUGAAAAUCAGGCCAGUCUCACAGCCUUUCCUGAACCCAGUGAUGAAGAACGAGUCUGAAGAAUCGGAGACAUGGAUUGAAAGGUUCAGGAAGCUAGAAGAUGCCCUAUACUUGUGUGAUCUGAAUAAUGCAGGGGUCCUGGAGAAGGAACGAGCCAGACGCCUCAUUCACAACUACAACCUCAUUUACGACCUGGCCCUGAGCCCUCGGAAGAUUGACCAGGCCUCGCGGAGAUUCUGUUCUGCAGGAAAUAUGCUCUUGGAGCCAGCACUUCGGUACUUAAAGGAGCUGUGACAAUAGGCCCACGUUGUGAAAACAGGGUGUCGGGAAGCUUGAAUGCGGUCUGUGUGAAACGGCAUAGGGAGGCAAGGCAACCACUACAGCAAAGAAUAAUUUUUAGAUACCUCUGCCUUCUGGAGCCAAAUGACCAUUGCUCCUGGAUCGUGUCCUGUCUGGAAUUUUCUACUGCUUUACGCCAAGAUGUGUAUCUGCGUGUGUGCAUGUGUGUGUGUGUGUUCGUUUGCAAGACUUGCACAUUGCAGAAGUAAAUACUCAUUAGUUUUUCUCUGAGUGAAUAUUAAAAGAAGAAAAAUUCAACUUAAGUCAUAGAGAAAAGCUUAGAUAUCAAGGUGACAAUGUGACAGUAGGGGUUAAAUGAUGUCUGGCUGUGAGGAAAACUGCUGAACACAAACAGGGAAACGCUAUGAGGUCAUUAUGCUUCAAAAUAUUGUUAUGAUCUCUAAGCUGGGACUUCUCCAUGCUUUGCUUAUGGAAAAUCUGUUUCCUUUCUCUCUGUUUUCUCAGAUCAGUGGUGUUCUGCACAC